AUGCAGAUGUCAGAUGCAGUCCACGUGCUGGACGCCAUCGUCGGCUACGACAAGCUUGAUGCCACGGCCACUCGAGCAGCAUCCAAGUACAUCCUUCAUGGCGGAUAUCUGCAGUUCCUGAAGAAGGAUGGGCUGAGAGGGAAGAGGAUCGGCGUCCCCAAUGAAUUGUUUUUGUUUCAAGGAUUUGGAGAGAAGCAGAUGAGGGUGUAUAAACAGCACCUCGCCACAAUGAGGAAACACGGAGCCAUGGUGAUCGAGAACCUUGACAUCGCCACCGACAGUCAAGAUAUUGUUUCCAAUGAGUGGACUGCGAUGCUGACAGAGUUCAAGUUGAGCAUAAACGAGUACUUGGCGGACUUGUCCUACUCUCCGGUCCAUUCUCUUGCGGACAUCAUAGCUUUCAACAAAGCGCAUCCUAUAGAGGAGAGGCUAAAAGAUUUCGGGCAACAAAACCUUAUCUUAGCCCAAAAAACAAACGGCAUUGACCGUCUGGAAAGAGCUCGGAUCCGCUGGCUGAAGGAGCUCUCUGUGAAUGGGUUGGAGAAGCUGAUGAGGGAGCAUCAACUGGACGCGAUCGUUGCACCCGAGCACUAUGCUUCCAACCAUCUCGCCAUUGGCGGCCACCCUGGCAUUGUUGUGCCGGCUGGGUACAACGAGAAGGGUGUCCCUUUUGGCAUAUGCUUUGGCGGGCUGCAGGGAUAUGAGCCGAGGCUGAUCGAGAUAGCCUAUGCUUUCGAGCAGGCUACUAAAGUGAGAAGGCCGCCCAUGUUCAAGCCUUAGCUAGGUGGCAUAACUUUCUUGAGUAGCGACAAUGUGAG